UGUUUACACCACCAUCCACGACUGAGCUAUGGUUUCAUUGGAGACAUUGACACCCUUCGAGGACAAACCAAUUGAGCAUCGGCAAUUUCAGCUCAUUUCGCCAUGGAGCCUCCCGGCAUCAUUGUACAUCUGCCAUUUUGAAUGGAUCUUUGGUCUAGAGUAUAAUGGCUUUCCCUUCAACAGCAAAUUCAAUAUAAUUACAGGUGUGCGUUAUCCAUGGGUGCCAACCAGUACACAAAUGUCUUGCAUUUACAGUUUCGAAGGAUAUCAGACAGUAUCUCACAAAUGGCUCGCUCAUUUUUAUUCCGACCGCUGAUGUUUUGGAAAGAGCCUACGACAUGUUGAUCUACAAUAACAAUCGUCCUCGCGAACCUAAUGAGCGCAAACGUUUUGAGGAAUUUGGUUCGGGCCCAUGGGAAUAUACUAUCCUACCAGGACGUUGGAACCUAACGACCAAGAAAAUAUGGUUAUUACCGCCGUUAUUCAAUCGCUCAUCCGACGGCACUCACAUCCCCUUCUCUUUCGAGGACUGCGGCUACGACACUCUUCCGCGAUUUACCUCUUUUGUCCAUCCCCUCAUAGUUAUCAUGUUGCACAACAUCAACACACCCGACAAUCAUCCCACUCCAGCUAUCCAAGAGGCACUUGUCACGCCGCUGAAGAAGGUUUUGGGCAAGUGGCCGCAAUGGCGACAUAAUCGUUUCCUACCUAUGCCUAAUACCAGAUUCAAAUCCAAGUACGACGUGGGACGGAAGAUAUUUUGUCUAUGUGUACACUGUUUGAAAAAUCCCCCUAGUGCCUCUGCCGUUUCUUCAUCCAAAUUAGAAGAUACAUGCACGGAUGAUGCAGAAGAAGCGGAGAAAGAAUGUAGUAAGGAGGAAUACAAGGAGCUAUCUCGGAUAGCGAACGAGAGGAUCGCACUAUGGAGAGGGAGUUUAGAGGGAGUUGCGUUCAUUCACGAUGACGCCAAGCACGAUGAUAUAUUAGAAUGGUAUGCUAAGGAGUGUACAGAUGCUGCCGACAGGGUGAUGCUUAGGCAGGAGGAAGAGCGAGCCAAGCGAGAGGCACUGGCGACAGAAAUCAAGGGCUUGCCGUUGAAGAAGAAGUCUAGAGUUUCCUAGACUCGCUAACACUGGCGUCUUGGACUGUGGAUUUGUUUGUACAUUUACUGGAGGCAUCUGGUUGGAAAGGUACAUGGGGAUGAUAGUGUGGAGGAAGAUCUCAGCAACGGUGACAGUGAGUUCAACGUCAGCGCAUCCGGAUCAGAUUUCGGUUGUGAAGAGUUUGGCAACGACGAAAGUAUUACUGCUAUUACACUACACUAGUCUAUUCCCUCUAAAUUUCGAUGUACUGUAAUACGUAGCUGCUGGUCGCCCCAUAGUCUACCGCCUCCUGAGAGGGCUCGAUUUAGGGUAGUACUAGUAGUUCUGGCGGUUCCCUAGCAGGACCAUGCUGUGUAAUCUAUCUAUCUACACCGCCAGAGUGUGCCUAUAUAGUGGACAUGAGUGCUGGAUUAUAGC